AUGAAGAGGAGGCCCAACGUUGAAGUCAUGUACAUAGACUUCCAGGAGCGUCGUCGCCCCAUUUUAUUCAGUAGAAGGAUAUCUGCCACCAUUGACGUCGGUGACACAGUGUAUCUUACAUUAAAGGGCCUCAAACAAGACCGUCCGAGUCCCAAAUUAAGCGACAAAUCAGCAGGCCCGUUCAAGAUCCUCGCUAAAGUGGGGAAUGCGUUCAAACUGCAACUUCCCGGCGACUGGCAAAUUCAUGAUACAUUUGCGCCAGAUAAGCUACGACGUGGGUAUACGACCGACGAACCAUUGAAAGGACAAAUCGCGGAUCCUGAACCACCGAUUCAAGUACUCGAGCAUGAGGAAUACGGCGUUGAGAAGAUCCUGGCUUCUAAAUUGCAGCGGAAGCGCCUUAUCUAUAAGGUCAAAUGGGAGUACGAGAUGCCAGGCGAAGACGAGUGGAUUCCUGCUUCGAACUUAAAGAACAGCGCUCGAUUGCUUGCUGCAUUCCACGCCGCGCAUCCCGAGGCACCGGGACCGCCUAAACGGCUGAAGAUCUGGUUACAGGCUGAUGAAGAUGAUGUUUAUGUGGAGGAUCAUCAGGACGAUAAUCGCGCUGCUUAA